UGUUGUGAAUGGGGGCCGGCAUGACGUCAGGAAGCCAAUGUCAACAAUGCAGCUCCUAGAGGAGAAAAGGCGUUUCAUCCUCUCACACACACACACACACACACACACACACGGGAGAGCCAUCCACCACGCGCCGACUGAUGCCCACGGUGCGUUAAAAGCAGCGCUUGUGGCGGUCGAGGGGCUGCGGGAAUAACACAAUGCGGACUCACUCUUACUCCUGAGGAACCGGACGCACGACGAGCAGGAUAAACCCGGGGUGCCAGAGGGAGUGAUGUCGGCGGGAGAGGAGCGGAAUGGGGAGGCGGCGGCGCCAGUGUACGUGUACGAGUCCAAUGUCCACUGUGCCAACGUGAUGCUGAGCCUGGAGGAGCAGCGGCGGCAGGGCAUCCUGUGUGACGUCACCGUGCUGGUGGAGGGCCGGGAGGUGCGCGCUCACAGGGCCGUCCUCGCCGCCAGCAGCCGCUACUUCCUGCAGGCCCUGCUGGGUCACAACGGGGCGCACGGCGAAGCGGAGCCCAUCAUUAACCUGCCGGACAAGGUGUCUGCUGAGGGUUUUGCUCCACUGCUCCAGUUCGCCUACACAGCCAAGCUGGUUUUAAGUCGGGAGAACAUCCACGAGGUCAUCCUGUGUGCGGACUUCUUGGGCAUCCACAAUUUAGAGGACUCUUGCUUCAAGUUUCUUCAAGACCAGUUGCAGAACGACAGCCACCGCGCCAGCAAUGGCAAGGUGGAAUAUGACGAUGACAUCACGGCGGAGGACUUUUCUGAGGCAGUAUCCUCGGAUGAAUCCGCAGACACAAGGCAGCAGACCAAUCACUUAGCCAGCACUGCGUCUCUGCCUGCCGACCUUUCUCAAAGUCCCAAAUACAGAAAGUAUCAGUACCAGCUCUCUGAUGACAAGCACAACGGAGAAGACCAUCAUGGUGAUGAUGUCAUCUUGGCCAACCACACCUCAGGCAGCCCUGUCCGCUCCCAGCUCAGAGACAGCUCUGCUGCUCCACCAACUCUUCUUACACCCUCCAGGAUCAAAGAAGAACCAUUCGUUUUUGAGGAAGAAGGAGAUGCAAGGAGCAACCAAGAACUGUGCACCGAGGAGGUCCUGGAGAUGGAGCUUGAGGUAGAAGGGGUUCCAGUAGCAGCCGAGCACUCUCCUAACCAAGGUUCCCCCUCUUCCUGCCUGCGAUCCUAUCUGCAGAAAGGCGGGCUAGAUCUCAGCGGCGUGCCGGGCACCACCAUCCAGCAGCUGCUCACCAACAGACUGUCCCUCAACCACUACAGGGAACUGGUCAAAGGCAGGCACAGGGAGAAGAAGGAAUCUCUCAAGACAGGCCUUGCAGAUGUAAUACCAACAGGGCUUACGGGCAAGAACCUGGAAAGGCCUGUGUCCAACGCCUCCUCCUCCAAACAUGAGGGGGAACUGGACAGAGCCAGCGUCAUUUUCUCCUCAGCAGCUGGCGAGCAACAAAUGUUGGCCCGUUCUUACAUGGAUGAUACGUUCAGAGAAAAGGGCUCAGAUCUGAUGCACACGGAAGCUCCUUCUCCUGGUCAGUCAUGCCUCGCCACCAGCUGUCCUGUUCCCAUUAAGGCAUCGCUGCACUCGCCUUCCCCUUCUGAGCCCCGGACCCAGACCUCCAGCUCUCGCUCGUCCUUCUCGUACCCAGAGGAUGCAGGCAGCGGUAGCUCGCCUUUCAACCUGCCCCAGUUUGACUUCUCCUCAUCCCCGCGCUCCGGCUCCGCCUCUGGACUCCCUCCCUGCCUGGCCGGGGUGAUGGAGCAGACGAACCCCCUGAGCGGUGAGCUGGUUUUCUCUCAGGGUUGCACCAAUAUCAAGAAUGAACAGGGAUUUGGUGCCAGCGGUGACAACUCCAGCGACGAGUCGGGCUCUUUCUCAGAGGGAGACAGCGAAAGCGGCAUCUCCAGAAUCUCUGGCCCCGAGGUGAAGCUGCCCUUCCCAGUGGACCACAUCACCAACCUGCCACGCAACGACUUCCAGAUCCUCAUCAAGAUGCACAAACUGACCUCGGAGCAGCUGGAGUUCAUCCACGACAUCCGGCGCCGCAGCAAGAACCGCAUCGCCGCCCAGCGCUGUCGCAAGAGGAAGCUGGACUGCAUCCAGAACCUGGAGGGCGAGAUCCGCAAACUGGUGUGCGAGAAGGACAAGCUGCUGAGCGAGCGCAACCAGCUGAAGGUCUGCAUGUCCGAGCUGUGGCAGAACCUCUCCUUCCUCUCCCAGCAAGUGUGCAGGGAGGGGCCGCCUCCCGCCUGCGCCAGCAUCGACCUCACGUCCAGCCCGCCGUCGCCUUCUUCCGACGGGGGCUCCCCCCGGCCCAGGUCCCCCGCCUCGCCGACCCACAGGGGUGCCCGUCGGGACGGACUUGAGGAGUCAGGUCUGGGGCGGGUUGACCCCGAGUGCCCCCCGGGGGCCACACAGGAGGUAUGUAGCCCAAACGUGACUGUGGAUUUCUGUCAGGAAAUGACUGAGAAAUGUACCACGGAGGAGCAGAAGAGACAGAGCUGCACCUAGAGGGUGGGGGCUGGCGACAGACACUUGGUCCUGGGACACUGGCACUUCUCUCCAAGUUUCAAGUCUUUUUCUUCUUCUUUGUUUUUUUUGUAAUGGAUGACACAAGCGUUGUCUUAUCAGCAAUACUGUUCAACAGGUGUUUUCAGACUGAAGAUGAGACAGAAGCACUGGCAGCUGUCUUUCUUUCCGUGUCCCACCCUGACUCCCCCUCCUGUCAGCUCCCUCCCUCUCUCGUGCAUCAUGGGAGGUCAAACUCAGGAAUUCCUCCGAAUGUUCAGUAACGCCCUCGUUCACAUGUACACGCACUUUGCUUUACAGUCCUGUGACUCCUUAAUAAUUACUUUAGUACGUACAAGUGAUUUGUAGAAAAUAUAAAUGGUUAUUUAGUCAUACAAAAAGUUAUAAUCACUCACAUUUGACGGGUUCAAGUUUAAGCACUUUGACUAACUUGUCCUAAAUGUGGGUGAAUAUGCUCAUUUCCUUCCGUUCUCAGAGUGAUGUUCUGGUUGUUUUCAGUGAAUCUCCGACAUGUGUGUUCAGUCCGAGGCUGGAGACAGAGCCUGGUUAGCCUAGCUUAGCAUAAAAGCCUGGAAUCCAGAGUGUAACUCGCCUCUAUUAAAGACUCUACUGCAGCACGAGCUGCCACUGCUUCUGCAGGUGUGGUCCUGCUCCUCAAAUUAGCUUCAAGAACUGAAAUGGCGCUUUGCAGAGCUGGUGUUGGGUUAGUUUGUUUUGGGCCACAGAGCAGAACCUGGUGGUGGGGAUGACCCGCUCUGUAUGGAGAUGUAAAUGGCACAAUUAUACACUAAACAACAUAUACUUAUAGAUAGUAAAUUGAUAAUAGAUCCCUCAUGAACGAUUGUGCUUGAAAUCAGCUUCUUUUCUUGGUCACCUACAUUUAUGGUGAAAGUCAGUUAUUCUGCUGACGCACCAGUGGCUAUUUUCACCAAGAAGGAGGCGCUGUGGCCAACAGAAUUUCACAUAUCUCGUUAAAGAAACGCUAAUGACUUGAAUGAAACUUGAGAAGAGCACAACUCCUCCUCUCUGUGUCCACAAGGGUUCAACUAAUCCUGAAUUAUUCACUAUAUGGUAUUCCACCAAACCGCUUAACUUUUGUUAUACCUUUUGUUAUUUAAAGUGAUCUAGUAGUUGUUGAGAGACACAGGACUUUAAAGUAAAAUGUUACCAAAGGUGUGUAUUUGUAAUAUUUUGCAUUAGAUGAAACAGUCAAAUGAACUCUCAUUAUGCAAUGUUUUUUUUGUUAAACUUCACUUGUACUUUUUCUUGUAUUCAGAUGGACAUUUCUACACUAUUCUCUCUCUGCCUUUUUUUCACAUGUGCGCUAAGGGGACAGAACUCCAUUAAGUUCAAGCAGGGCCCAGCUCCUCUAAGAGGUCCCAGCUGGCAUCCAGUGUCCACAUAGAUAGGACGACCACACCGUGUGACGGCUCCAUUUCUGCUCAGCCGAUCUUUUCCAAAGCAUGCUGUCAACUUUCUUUUAUUCUCAUUUUUCAAAUGUCAAGAUGGCAGCUUCCGCGUUGGGAAUAUAUACGAUUUUGUCUUUUUUUUCGGGACAGUGGGGGGGAAACGUAUCAUCCAUCUUAUGUUAUUAACACAUGCCCACUAUCUUAGAACAUCAUCUCGAAUUCCUUCAGGAAAAUAACACAGAAAUAAUCUAUUUCUAUUUUCUACCCAUUAUGUAACAAACAGCACACAUGUUCACGGGGUCUGAUUCCGUAUCUCGACCUCGCAGUUGAUUUGAACAUCACGCAUUAAUGUAGAAACCUGUCAUGCUGUGGAAAAUGGACACGCGGCUCGGUGUGGUCACCUGAAGAACAGCUUAAACAAAUCGUAAGUGCUCUUUUUCGUCCUGUUUAUUUAUUGUCUUAAAGGUAAUAAGAAUUUGGUGUUUGUACUUCUGGUGAUCAUGUAUUUAGCUGCACUCUUCUUGUAUUGUACAUAAGACAAAUAUCCCCACUAAAAGUAUUUGGUAUUGUAUGUCUGAGGAAGUUCACACCUGGUACAGGAUGAUCCGUUCGUACCAACCAGUACUGAGCAAACACUCAUUGAUUCCGGCGGAUGCUAAAUUCAUCUGCCGGGUGAACGUCGAUGGCGAGGCACGUGGCAGCGGCGAGUGGCACAGCCGCGCACAGCCGUGCACGUCCGAUGAGUUUGGGCUUCUUUUGGCCACCGGGGGGG